AUGGCACCCACCGCAAGUCUAGCAUCCUUGCCCACCAACCCCCGGCCCGACCCACACCUCAUCGGUAACGGGCCAGCCGGCUCAGGCAUCACCGGGACCGCCGGCACCGCAGCCAGCCCGUCCACCGCCGCUGUUGCCGCCGCCGCCGCCGCCGCCGGGCCAAGCCCCUCAGCCCCAGCCCCCGCACUGCAGACACACACAUCCGCACCGUCAACACCUACCCCGCACCUCGGCGUCGCGUCUGGGACUGGCACCGGCACCCCGCUCGCACAGAGCGUGACCCCGCGCCCGCCGACCCAUGAACCAGCGUUCGAAAUGGUCGUCCUCGGGUGCGGCGGCGGACCACUCGAGACGGACUGUUCCGGAUACCUCGUCAAGCCUGCGCGCUCGCGAUGGGAGGAUGGUGUCCUAGCGCUGGAGGGAGGCUCUGGAAUCGGCGCGCUAUCCAACCUAAUUGAGCGAUACUCAUCCGAGGCCCUCUUCCCAGCCGUGUCGUUUCCAGAGACACACAGCACGCCAAUCCUCAAGGCUGCAUACAUCUUCUCCUUUCUCACGUGCUACCUCAUCACGCACGCCCACCUCGACCACUGUGCCUCGCUCAUCCUGCUCUCGGGCUCUGUGCCUCCGCGUCCACCUCGGCAUCCUGGAUCACACCCAGCAGCGCCGGCGGGCCAUGUCGAAGACACUGCGCCGCUGCCCACGCGAAUCCCAGUGUACGCGAUGCGCGAGACGCUCGACAACCUCUCGGCGGCAUACGGUGGCGGUCUGUGGCCCGAGCUUGGCGCGUGGGCGGCAGAGCCAGAACGUGGUCGAGGCGGUCGUCUCAAGAAGCGGUUGCGGUUGGACGACGACGGCGGCGUCGGCGCAAAGUUCUCGCCGCUCGGUACGACCGCGGCGCCAUCACACCUUCACCCAACACUGCCCAUUAGCACGAGGGUAUUCCCCGUGUCGCACGGACACACGUCGCACGGAAUGUACCAGUCGUCGGCCGUGUUUGUGCGGUACGACCCGGCAGUGCUUGGGCCGACCCAGCCUCCGAGCCAGGCGCCGAGCCAGGCGCCAAGCCAGGCCGCGUCGCGCAGGGCCAGCCAGAGCAGCAAGCUCGUCGGCUCGCCCAGUGAAGAGAGCUUCAGCGGUGUCACUGACGGCCUCGCGUUUGACCGCCGCGCAUCGUCUGGCGACCGGUCGUGCGGCGAGGGCCGCGAGUUUCUGUUCUUUGGCGACAUUGAAAGUGGUUACCGCGCUCAAGGCGAAGAGCACGUUGACGCAGGCCACGGACAGACUGCCGAGGACCUCAACGGCGCCAUUUGGCGAACGGCGGCUCAAAGCCGUAAAGAAGGGCGGCUAGCGGGUAUUUUUAUUGAGUGCUCGUAUGAUUCCUCGCGGCCGGCACAUGUCAUGUUCGGCCAUGUGUCUCCGCCGGCAAUCAUGCACGAGCUGCGUACCCUCGCCUCAUUCCUCCCAGAUGGACCCCGUCCACUGGCCGGCCUCAAGGUCCACAUCACCCACAUUAAAGAGUUUCUCGUGCCACACCCGACUGGGCGGACGGCGCGUGACCUCAUCGAGACGCAGCUCAACGAGCUCGAGCUGCAGACGGGUCUUGGCGUCGAAUUUGUCAUCCUGGCCCCUGGCGACCGUGUCUUGAUAUGA